UCCUACUGAUUGUUUGUUAUCGUAUCAAGAUGCAGCUUGCAGCAGUUUUCAUCGUAAUGUUCGUCGCAGUAAAGUCAACUAUGGCUGCGUGCCCAGCUGGCUACGAAGACGGUGAGUACGAAGGGAGGUGCUUCAAGCGAGUCGCCUGUCAGACGUGUAAGACGUCCUACCAGGAGGCACGGGACGAGUGCGCGCUCAUCGGCGGGCACAUCGUCACCGUCCAGACCGAAGAGAAGUACAACUUUCUGGUACGGAAAGACUCACACAGGGCUUUCUGGAUAGGACUGGACGACAUCCAAACUGAAGCACCAUGGAAUGCCUCCGUGCAAAACUCAGAAGACCGGGACUGUGUGGCGAUGGGCAGGGAGACGCAGUUCAAGUGGAUACACAUGGACUGCAACUACAGACUUCGGUACCUUUGUGAAACAGAUGCCAUACCAGACCUGCCUGUCAUUCAACCAGUAACCAAGGCAACGAUAAAUCCUCAGCCUGCAGCCGGGACCACACCACACCAUUCCGUCAACGGUCUCACAACGCCCCAAGCGACAUCCGCUGGAUCUGCAGGUGGUAGUGACCAAGCGUCCGAUGGGAGUCUGAAAACCCCGGUAACUGUUUGUCCGGCAAACUACGACGAUGGACAGUUUGAUAAGUACUGUUUUCGAAGGAUCGACUGCCAAGGGUGCAGGAAUACUUACCAGCACGCCAGAGCCGACUGUGCUAACGACGGCGGCCGACUGGUACAAGACAUCACACAAGAGAAGUACGACUACCUGGUGAAGGAAGAUCUACUGAAGAUUUACUGGAUCGGGCUGACUGAUGUAGCACGUGAGGGAACGUUUGUCUGGGAAUACGGGGCUCCUCUCGGCAAUUUCCACCCGUGGGACCCGUCUCUACCCAACACAGAAGCGGCCGACUGUGUCGCCAUAGUCCGGGACCACAACUUCGCCUGGGCCCGGCUGGACUGUAACACAGGACUCAGAUACCUGUGCGAAAAACAAGCCAUCCCGGCAUCUGAGCAGCCAUUGUCCACACCAUCCAACAAUGUCAUACCAGCUGUGAACGAAUGUGCUGAAAGUUCGCCUUGCGAUGCCAACGCGGCAUGCACGGACACCCCCGAUGGCUUCACCUGCCGAUGCAACUCCGGUUACCAAGGAGACGGCUUCACCUGCUCCGAUGUGAAUGAGUGCAGCGCGGGAACGCCCCCUUGCGAUGCCAAGGCAACCUGCACCAACACAGACGGCUCCUACACCUGCCAAUGCAAUACCGGUUACCAAGGAGACGGCUUCACCUGCUCCGAUGUAAAUGAGUGCAGCUCGGGAACGCAACCUUGCGACGUAAAGGCGACCUGCACCAACACAGACGGCUCCUACACUUGCCAAUGCAAUACCGGUUACCAAGGCGACGGCUUCACCUGCUCCGAUGUAAAUGAGUGCAGCGAGGGAACGCCCCCAUGCGAUGCCAAGGCAACCUGCACCAACACCGACGGCUCCUACACCUGCCAAUGCAAUACCGGUUACCAAGGCGACGGCUUCACCUGCUCCGAUGUAAAUGAGUGCAGCUCGGGAACGCAACCUUGCGACGUAAAGGCGACCUGCACCAACACAGACGGCUCAUACACCUGCCAAUGCAAUACCGGUUACCAAGGCGACGGCUUCACCUGCUCAGAUGUAAAUGAGUGCAGCGAGGGAACGCCUCCUUGCGACAGCAACGCUGACUGCACCAACACCGACGGCUCCUAUACGUGCAGAUGCAGACCCGGUUACCAAGGCGACGGGAGAACCUGCACCCCCGGUACCGACGGCUGCACUUUGGCAAACACUCCAUGCGACGCGAACGCCGACUGCGUAAACGACGGCGGGUCCUUCACGUGCCGAUGCCGAGCUGGGUACGCGGGGAACGGCCUCAGCUGCAGCGACGUCAACGAGUGCUCAGCCUCCACGCCACCUUGCGACUCUCGUGCAGUCUGCACCAACACCGACGGCUCCUUCACCUGCAGUUGCCCACCUGGUUACCAUGGCAACGGUUUCCACUGCACAGACAUCGACGAAUGCUCAGACACAGACACGCCCCCCUGCGACCAUAACGCUGACUGCAGAAACACGGUCGGAUCCUACGUCUGCACCUGCCGUGCUGGCUACCAUGGCAACGGACAAACGUGUGCCGACAUCAACGAGUGUGCUGCCUCCACGCCCCCUUGUGAUGCCCACGCGCAUUGCACCAACACCGCUGGAUCCUUCCUCUGCAGAUGCAGCGCCGGUUACCAAGGUGACGGCCGCACCUGUAGGGACGUCAACGAAUGCACCACGUCCACUCCCUGUGACGCAAACGCCGCCUGCACCAACACGAUCGGCUCCUUCCAGUGCACGUGCCGCCAGGGUUACCAAGGUGACGGGAGGACCUGCGCGGACAUCAACGAGUGCAUCGCCUCACCUUGCGGAGCCAACGCGCAGUGCACCAACACCGCUGGUUCCUUCGCCUGCAGCUGCCUGGCGGGGUAUCAGGGAGACGGGCAGACCUGUCGGGACGUGGAUGAAUGCACCACGUCCUCCCCCUGCGACUCUAACGCCGACUGUUCCAACACCGCCGGCUCCUUCCAGUGCUCGUGCCGAGAUGGCUACACCGGAGACGGGAUCAGCUGUGCAGCUGAUGUAUCUGAGGUCGCGGAUGGAACUGGUUCCGGGUCAGGCAGUCCUAUUUCCGGUUCUGGUCCAACCAAGUCGCCAACAGGUCUGGGUACAGUUGGUCUGGUGGCGCUGCUUGCAUCACUUGCAGCCCUCCUGCUGGUCUUCAUGUGCGGCCUGAUUCUGUGCUGGGCCAAACGGGGGCGCAGGACGACUCCCAAGAAAUACUACGUGCAGGAGCCAAUCCGGGAUAUUCGCCUUAAGGAUGCCGACACCAUGUACAACCCGGGGAUGCCGAAAGGCACACCACCACCACCCAGGAAGUCAGCCCACAGCUCCCGUGCUGGUAGCCUGGAGAACCUGGACAUGAAAACUCCAAUUCUAGCUGGAUUCGCCCUCUUGGGAAUUUUAGGCGGGGUUGGACUCUAUACUGCAGAUGCUCAACAAUAUGGGUUCUGUCAUCAAGCCUUCAAUAUAAGAUUCCUCGGACACUGUUAUUGGAAGAACAGUCGAGCUAUGUGGACCUCCGCACAGAGUAACUGUGAAAGUAUCCUGACCGGCAGCCACCUUCUGACGGACAUGAGCGAGGAGAAACACCAGGCGCUGCUGACUCAGUUCUCCGACUUAGACUCUUUCUGGCUGGGGCUGAACGACAGAGCCGCGGAGGGUAACUUCGUGUGGGAUGACCUGGUGAACACGCCGGUGGGAGUACCGGCACAGUGGGACCCUAACACCCGGAACAGUGACGUGAAGGACUGCGUGGCCCUCACCAGGGGAUCGGGGAACAAGUGGGUCCCGAUGGGCUGCAGCACAGAGCUACCAUAUGUCUGCGAGAAAGAUGUUGAUGAGUGUCAGGACAACCCAUGUCACGAGUUUGCCGUCUGCGCUAACACCAAGGGGUCUUUUACCUGUACCUGUAUCGACGGGUACACCGGAGAUGGCUUCACGUGCGCAGCCCGAUGCACUCAAGUCUGUCACGCCAACGCACGGUGCAAGAACAUCGGUGGGACCAGCUACGGCUGUGUGUGUAACGAUGGCUUUGAGGGAGACGGAAUAACAUGCAAUGAUAUAGACGAGUGCCUGGAUUCGGAUACCUACCGUUGUCACACCGAGCAUGGAAGCUGCAACAACACUAUAGGGUCCUUUGAAUGUCACUGCAACCCCGGCUACAAGCGCGCGGAGGGCAACCCUGAUCAUGAGUGUGAAGACGUGGACGAAUGUCACGACGUUAAGAACCUUCAUCCGUGUUCAGUGUCCGCACACUGCGACAACUACGAGGGUAGCUUUAGGUGCGACUGUAAUUCCGGGUACACUGGAGACGGCUACACCUGUGUAGAUAUUGAUGAGUGUGCACAGGGGAGCCACAACUGCCACGAAAACGCGACCUGUGUCAACCAGGACCCCAUCAACAACCCAGCAGGGUUCGCCUGCACCUGUAAACCUGGAUUCGAGGGAGACGGCAUCACCUGUACAGACGCGAAUGAAUGUCUCCAAUCCCCCUACCCUUGCCACGAGUACGCGGACUGUACCGAUACUCCCGGCUCCUACAAAUGCGCCUGCCGCGACGGGUACCUGGGUGACGGGAAGACCUGUACUGACGUCGACGAGUGCGCCCGAACCCCCAGUCCCUGCUACGCCCUGGCAACCUGCGUCAACACCCGGGGGUCCUUCGAAUGCCGCUGCCCGGAGGGCUUACAAGGAGGAGACGGGACAACUUCGUGCGAGGAUGAGGACGAGUGUUUGGCCAUCCCCUCACGCUGUCCCGCUAACACCGACUGUACCAAUACCGUGGGAUCAUUCGAGUGCCAGUGUAAGACUGGGUUUACUGGAACUAGCCCCAACUGCCAAGAUGAGGACGAAUGCGCCGCUAACCCUUCCCUGUGCCAGGCGCCGUCCGUGUGCUUCAACACGCAGGGUAGUUACGUGUGCCAGUGCGUGAACGGUUACCAGUUUAACGGCACACACUGUCUGGAUGUCAACGAGUGCGACGCCGGUGCCUGCGACCCAAACGCAGACUUUCAUUAG